AUGUCGAACACAACACAGGACAAGCCCGAACCCUCGCAGCAACCGCAGCAACAGAACCCUCCCGUUCUGGAGGAAGACGACGAGUUUGAGGAUUUCCCUGUUGAAGACUGGGACCAAGAAGAAGCCGAAAAAAACUCCCAAGCAGCAAAUGACAACGUGCAUUUGUGGGAGGAGAGCUGGGAUGACGAUGAUGCCGCCGAGGAUUUCUCGAAACAACUACAGGAAGAGCUGAAGAAGGUCGAGGCGUCGAGUUAA